CCACUUCCUUUUGCUGAGGCGACAUAAUUAGUACUCCCCACAGUUGCGCUGCUGCUUUUAGCUUCCGGCCCCAAUUUGAAGUGUUGGUGGUUACCUUCAAAGACCUUGACAGCCCUUACUGUACCAGGGAGUUCCUGCGCUCCUGCAGACUCUUUUAGCUGUGAGUGAAACCCUGCUCCAGAUACCACCCUGUUAACACACGAAGACUUCUGUCACACCAAAGUUGCAAACCUGAGUGUCAAGGGCGCCUGACGGAGCUGGAUGGAAUUCUGUUUCAGAAGCCAGAGGGAAAAUGGCAGAGACCUCCCUGUUUGCCCAGCGCCUGCAAGCCAUUACGGAGCGGCGCAGGCUGCGGGAGCGGAUCCUGGCCAUCCGCCGGGAGCUGGAGGAGGAGAGACUACGAGCCCAGCGCCUCAAGAGGAAAUCCCUGCGUGAUCGGUGGCUGAUGGAGGGAAUGUCUGCACCUACGGAUGACAGCAACCACAUGUCUUCCGUUUGGGAGGCGAACAGUCGCAUCCAAGAGUUAGAACAAGAUCUGUCCAGUCUCCAGUCUCAGAUGCAGCAGCUGGACAACCCAGAGCAGAAGUCAAAAGAAUCUGCAAAUGCUGUGAAGGAGGCUCUUGUGACAAUGUCUCCUCCCCCUCCUCCCCCAGAAGGAGGAAGUGGCACUGAACCCAGCCUUGAACUGGCUCCUGUUCCACCCAAGAGGAGUGUGAAGGAAGCAACUGAAGAGAAGCUGCAGAAUGGAGAGAUGUCAGGAGAUGGUAUGUUUGGUGUUCAGACAGCAUUACAAAGUCAGAAACCUAAUGAACCCAGCCAUCAUAGGAAGCUGGCUGUGGAGGAGAUGGUCAUCCGGGACCACUUGGGCCAGGCAGUAGGCAGCAUGGACGCCGUUGGUCAGAAGCAGAGUUCCAUUGGGAAAGACGAAGAAUUGGAGAACAACUUGCUCUUAGGGAAUGGUUGUGAAGAAGGGAAUAGAUCGGGCCCUUUCUGUGAUACCUCAAAUGAAGAAAAGCUCCCUAGUGCUGAAGAAGGCCAAGUGGAUGGUGGACUUGGUAGUCGCGAUGGUCCUGAGGGACAGUCUCCAACUUCAUGCAAUCAGGAAGGUCCUUCCGAGCCUUUGAAGGACAAGGCCAUCUCCCUUGAGUCUUCCAAAGAGCAGGCCGAUGAAGAGUUACUCAAAGAGGUAGGACUGGUGGAAGAUGGAAAGAAAGGGCUGCCGGAAGAGGGUGCCAUGGAGAUGGAGCGUGCCCAGGACCUAGCAACUGACCACACCCCUGCAGCAGAAUCAGUCGUUUCCGGGCCGCAACAUCAACUGAACCUGCAAAGCCUGACAAAUUCUCCUGGCACUGAGGCAACAGCACAAGGAGAAGGAGGAAAGGGACCAGAGGAUUUGCAUGAGCAGCCCAAACCAUCAUUUCCAGACCAGAACCCACCUGUAGAUGAAACCAAGUUCCCGGACUCUCUGGAAGAAAUUGAGGUGUCCCUUCAAAAUCCGAUUAUAUUAUCUCCAUCAAAGCAAAUUUCUCACAUUCAACAAGACACCAAGGCAUCCCUUCCAAACCCGAUAUCUUCUUUUCAGGAAACAGAGAGUCAAUGCUUAGAAGCAAAGGCAUCCUUGCUACUUAAUCAGAAUCCACCAACUGUUUUGGAUCAGACGAUUCCUCCGGGAGAAAGUCAGGGAUCUCUUGGAGCUGAGAUCUCAUCCUUGGUGCAGGAAUCCCCUUUAGAUCCCAGCCUGCCAUCUCUACAGGAUCAUUUUCCUUCUCAUGAGGAACAGAAGCCAUUACAAGAUGUGGCUGCUUCUUUGGAAGAAGCGAAGCUGUCUUUAGUGGAACAUGACCCUUCGCAUGUUGCUGAUGAGGAUCAUCUGGACCAGAUCCCAACCUCUCUGCAAGAGCAGAAUGCUUCUCUGCAGCCUCAGAGCUCGGCACCUCCUCCAGACCAGCUCGCCUCUCUGCCAGAGAAGACUCCUUCCUCCUUGAAGGAAACAGAGAGAUCACUUCAGGGAUCGGUAGCUCUACAGGUUCAGGAACCUUCCCUGGUGGAAGCUGCAGGAUGUGUUCAGGAUGUCACCACCUCUUCUGCACAAGAAGCUGGAAGAGUGUCCCUGGAAGAAAUAUCAGUAGAAUUGCAGGACCAAAUGACCACAGCUCCAGUGACCCAGCACCCUUCUUUGCCAGAGGCUGACAGCUGUUGUCCAGGCCAGCAGCGCCUGUCCUCUGUGGCUGAGGGUGAACAUUUACUUCUGGAGGAGACUUCAGGUCUCUGUGCAAGAUCCAGUCCCAACAGAUGUGCAGGAUCAGGAACCCACAUCCCCUCAGGGGGAAAGCCCUUCUUUGCCUGAGACAGGACGCCUUCCUGCAGAGCAGAGGGAGACAUCCCUGUCAAGUUCAACUGCGCCCAGUCUUUGUGAAGUAGACGGGUCAGACCCAGGCCAGGCCCCGAUACCUCCAGGGGUGGAGAUGCCAAUCCCUCUUCAGAGCCAGGCUUCUCAUGUCAGGGAAGCCACAGACUCUCCGGAUAAGCAGAUCCCCCAGUCUGUUGCUGAAGAAAGGCCUACACUGCCAGACCAACACCCAUCACCCAACAGAGCCCCAAGCCCAGUGCUGAAAGACACAGCAGCUGUUUCCAAUGCUCUCUCUUCUUCCAGCCAGGACCCCUCUGCCCAGCCUCUCCUUGACAAAACUGCCACCACAGAAGACCAGGAGACAGAGGAAGGUGGAAGUGCCAGCCUCACCCCAGCAGCAGUACCAGCAGGGGGGAGCCCGGAUCUCCUUGAAAACGUGCCCAGUGAGCAGCAGCCUCUUCUGAAUGAGCCCAAGGCUUCAGCAGCCCCUCCAGAUGUUUCUGUGGGAGACCAAGAACCCAAGCCAGGGGUCUUAAAGCUGCAGACAGCCCCAGGCCAGGAGGCCCCGACCUAUCACACCUCCUCUGCCAACACUGCUUCCUCGCGCCAACUCCGGCCCCAUCAAGGGGAAGGCCAAGAUCAAGGGCAGAGCAGGCGCAAGCAGAAGUCGUGCCAGUGCUGUUCGGUGAUGUGAACCCAGAGCUCUCACUGGAGAUGCCCUUCUUUUCAGACACAGGAGUCCCAGCAGCAGGCUCCAAAAUUGGUAAUGUGCCCUCCUGCUAGUCUUAAGGCGGGGAACAAACAGACAGACAGACAGACCCAUGCUCCCUCACAUGCACACAUACACACAGACUCAUGUACACUCAAGCAGAUGGACACACAUAUGACCCAGGUUCUUUUGAACCCUGAAGGAUAGAAAUCCUGACUAUGGGAAAGAGGGCACAGGAGGAUUGGUUAAGUCCCAUGCACAGAAUUUGUUUUCAAAAUAGACCCACCCCUUUCUGCUGCUAGCCCACCAUUUUCCUUUUUGCUUCCUUGGAGGUGAUGAUGGGAAGGGGAAGAAAUACGGUGCCCUUGCCUUAGAGUAGGUCCCAGCAUAUCUGCAUGUGCGUAUGUACAUGCUUGUGCACUGACACAGGCACACAGACACAGGCACACAGACCAACCUCCCUAGCCAAGAAGCAUGGGCUUGCAAGUUCUCUUGGAACACCAUCAGACACCAGUGCCUGGAGUUCACCACCUGACCCAAAUGCCUUUUCUGUCUCUGUGCUUCUAUUCACUUGGGUGUGCAUGCCUCCUUCAUUGCACAUUUAGAACACACAGGUCCCUGUGCUGGUGUUAGGACAUGCAUGCUCAGAUACAUAUGUACAGUUGCUGAUUUGUUCUCAUUGGCUUCCAGUGCAUCAAUUCGCCCUCUAGAAAGCCCACGCAUCUGUGCCAGAAUGCAAAUCCAUGCUCCCACAUAGUUGUACAUAAUUCACAUAGGUCUGGACACAGAGGCUACACGUAUGCAUGCAGCACUGCCCGGAUGAGCCUGCGUCCCUUGGGUCCACUUGGCAUCGCAUCAGUUUGGGCACAUUCCAAAGGUAUAGCGGUAAUGCCUUGUCCUUGCUGCCACCUCCAGAACCUGUGUCAAGAUGGCCUAAAUGCACACCGUUGAUCGGACAGACAUUAUGACGCACUCCCGGCCAUGGAAAAGCCCUGCAGGAGACUUUGGACCAGCCGGCGAAUAGGUCAGCCCUCUUUCCUGAAUGUGACCUCCCAAGCAAAACAGACUCCUCUUCCUCACCAGGCUACAUGGAGACUCCAUUUUCUUGACUGUGAUUCCCUCCAUUCCUGUAGUGACUCUGCAACCAGGGUUCUCUCUGCCAGUGUCCAAAGCCCCUUCCCAAUCAUCCUCCAUCUUCCUCAUCCCGUGACUGUCUAUUCUAUGCACAAUAGGUUUCAGUCCUAUUGAUAGGGCCUGACCAAAGCCAGUAAGAGCCUUUUACAUGUCAGUUUCUGGACAGCACAGAGAGAUGCUCAAUUAAAGACAAGAAAUAAUUA